AUGAUGGUGGUACAUCGUAUCGAUCGUACCCCUCGGGUUCUCAUUCUGUGUAAUUUAGUGUGCUGGGGCUGCAGAAGUGGCAGUUUGAUGUGUGGUCCUGGGAUGUGGACAUCGCUAACAUGCUGGAGGUAGGAGGGGUGCCGGGCCGUAUCCACAUCUCCCGGGCAACGCUGGACUGUCUGGGCGGGGUCUAUGAGACGGAAGAAGGGCGUGGCCACGAGAGGAACGAGUUUCUACGGAAACACAAAAUUGACACGUUCCUGAUUCGCCACACGCCCAAUGAGGAGGCGCCUGCCAAGAAGGCUUGCCGGCCCAGUCGAGACGAGACCGUUAAUACUGGCUGGAGUACUGAGCUGCCGUUUGGAAACAUCAUCGGAAUGAACUGUGUAGGUGACCUCUGACCCCUGAGUCCUAACUUUUACCCUUUAGCCCAGAGAGGAAGAGGCGAAGCGAGAGGGCUGAGUCCGACCACCAAAAUCUGUCAGUGCCAAAAAAAAAGAGCUAAGAAGUGGAAUUGGGGAUUGUUAGUAUGGAGGUCAAUGAGAGUGUCGAAUUUGGUCAACAUAUAAUCGAGUGCUAAUUUGCUACGUGAGGCUAUUUUGAUCAAAUAUAAAUUUCGCUUAGGUUGUGACGACUGUACUGAUACUGUAAGUGGACUCACGUGGCAUCCGUGGCAAAAUUUGAGAAACACUCUUUUACAUGGAAGUGUGCCAUAGGAUGCUCAUUGGCUAGGAUGUUCCUUCCUGCCUCCCGCCGCCGGGUUCCCGUCACCUCCCGCCUGCCUCCCGCCUGCCACCACCGCCGGCCACGCCCGUAAGCCUGCCACCUCUCGCCGCCUGCACCUGCUGCCACCGCCGCCUGCCCCCCCUGCCACCUGCCAGCCACCGAGGACAAAAAGUGCCUCCGGCCGGCCCCCGUUACCUGCCACCAGACCGCCUGCGCACCCGAAUGGUCUGCCACACCCGCCUGCCGACCCCGCCUGCCACCUGCCUCCCGCCUGCACCAACGCGACUUCCACGCUGCCUCCAACAGCCAUAGCCACCUAGCCUGCGCAACCAGAACCCCUGCCACCUGGCACCUCCCUCGCUUCCACCCCCACCCCCCGCCUAAAACGCCUGCCAAGCCCAAAAACUCCUGCCCACCUGCACUACAACAGCCUGACCAACCCCCCUAAGCCACCAUGCCAAUCCCCGCCUGCCACCCUCCUUCCACGCCGCCUAGCCACCUUCCUCCCGCCAAUGCCACCCCUCCUGCCAACCUGCCUGCCACCGGCGGGGGAACGCUGCCACCUUCCCUCCCGCCUGCACGCAUGCCUUCCGCCUGUCACCUGCCCACCCCCCGCCUGCCUCCCCGCCUGCCUACCCACCCUCCUGCGCCCUGCCUCCCGCCUUCCCUCCCGCCGCCACCCGCCUGCCACCUGCCUGCCACCCGCCUGCCACCUGCCUCCCGCCUGCCACCUGCCUUCCGCCUGUCACCUGCCUCCCGCCUGCCUCCCGCCUGCCUCCCGCCUGCCACCUGCCUCCCCGCCUGCCUCCCCCUGCCUCCCGCCUGCCCACCUGCCUCCCGCCUGCCUCCCGCCUGCCUCCCCUGCCCCUGCCUCCCGCCUGCCUCCCGCCUGCCUCCCACCUGCCUCCCGCCUGCCACCUGCCUCCCACCUGCCUCCCGCCUGCCACCUGCCUCCCACCUGCCUCCCGCCUGCCUUCCGCCUUUGCUGACAUUGAUUCUCAUUGUUAGAGUGUAGUCUGUUGUCAGUAUCAUCUUUGUCUAUCCUCUAUCUAACCUUUGAUCCCUAACCUCUCACCCCUGACCAGAUCCUGGCGACCUUCAGCAACGGCUCACUGGCCCAGUUACCCAACCAGCUAGCGGCUCAGCGGACGGGGACGCGUGAAGUCAACAAGAGGAUCCGCCAGGCCAUCGAGGUCCGGAGCAGCGAACGCAUGAGACAGGAACACAUCACCACCUUCACACAGGAGUUCAAGGACACACACAUCGAGGGCAAGGUAGGGGCCCGCAACAGAAACACACACACGUCAAGGGCAAGGUAGGGGCCCGCAACAGAAACACACACGUCAAGGGCAAGGUAGGGGCCCGCAACAGAAACACACACAUCGAGGGCAAGGUAGGGGCCACACACACACACACACACACACACACACACACACACACACACACACACACACACACACACACACUCAUUCAUUCAUUCAUUCAUUUAGGAUUAGGUGAUUACUUGGUAUGUUGGCUAAAUCACUCAAUCAUGUUGAUUUAAUGAUGGGUGGGUGGCUGGCUGGCUGGGUGGGUGGGUGGGUGGGUGGAUGGAUGGGUGGAUGGAUGGGUGGGUGGAUGGCUGGGUGGAUGGCUGGGUGGGUGGAUGGAUGGGUGGGUGGAUGGCUGACUGGGUGGAUGGAUGGCUGGGUGGGUGGAUGGAUGGGUGGAUGGAUGGGUGGGUGGAUGGGUGGGUGGAUGGCUGGGUGGGUGGGUGGGUGGCUGGCUGGCUGGGUGGAUGGCUGGGUGGGUGCGUGGGUGGCUGACUGGGUGGGUGGAUGGCUGGGUGGGUGGGUGGAUGGCUUCGGAUGGAUGGCUGAGUGGCUGGGUGGAUGAAUGGCUGGGUGGAUGGAUGGCUGGGUGGGUGGGUGGAUGGCUUCGGAUGGAUGGCUGACUGGGUGGAUGGCUGGGUGGCUGGGUGGAUGAAUGGCUGGGUGGAUGGAUGGCUGGGUGGAUGGAUGGCUGGGUGGGUGGAUGGCUGGGUGGAUGGGUGGAUGAAUGGCUGGGUGGAUGGAUGGCUGGGUGGAUGGAUGGCUGGGUGGGUGGAUGGCUGGGUGGGUGGAUGGAUGGCUGGGUGGAUGGAUGGCUGGGUGGGUGGAUGGCUGGGUGGGUGGAUGGAUGGCUGGGUGGAUGGAUGGAUGGCUGGGUGGAUGGAUGGCUGGGUGGAUGGAUGGAUGGCUAGGUGGGUGGAUGGCUGGGUGGGUGGAUGGCUGGGUGGGUGGAUGGCUGGGUGGGUGGGUGGAUGGCUUCGGAUGGAUGGCUGACUGGGUGGAUGGCUGGGUGGCUGGGUGGAUGAAUGGCUGGGUGGAUGGAUGGCUGGGUGGGUGGAUGGCUGGGUGGGUGGGUGGAUGAAUGGCUGGGUGGAUGGAUGGCUGGGUGGAUGGAUGGCUGGGUGGGUGGAUGGAUGGCUGGGUGGGUGGAUGGCUGGGUGGAUGGCUGACUGGGUGGAUGGAUGGCUGGGUGGAUGGAUGGCUGGGUGGAUGGAUGGCUGGGUGGGUGGAUGGAUGGCUGGGUGGAUGGAUGGCUGGGUGGGUGGAUGGCUGGGUGGAUGGCUGACUGGGUGGAUGGCUGGAUGGCUGGGUGGAUGGCUGACUGGGUGGAUGGCUGGAUGGCUGGGUGGAUGGCUGACUGGGUGGAUGGCUGGAUGGCUGGGUGGAUGGCUGACUGGGUGGAUGGCUGGGUGGAUGGCUGACUGGGUGGAUGGCUGGGUGGGUGGAUGGGUGGAUGGCUGACUGGGUGGAUGGCUGGGUGGAUGGCUGGGGUGGGUGAUGGCUGGUGGAUGGGCUGUGGGUGGAUGGCUGGGGUGGAUGGGCUGACUGGGUGGAUGGGCUGACUGGGUGGAUGGUGAUGGGUGGAUGGCUGACUGGGUGGAUGGUGGGUGGAUGUGACUGGGUGUGCUGUUGGAUGGCUGGUGGGUGGAUGGCUGACUGGGUGGAUGGCUGGGUGGAUGGCUGACUGGGUGGAUGGCUGGGUGGAUGGCUGGGUGGGUGGAUGGGUGGGUGGGUGGGUGGGUGGAUGGAUGGCUGGGUGGAUGGAUGGCUGGGUGGAUGGCUGGGUGGAUGGCUGGGUGGGUUAAUUGAGGAAUGUUCCUAUCUUCUUCUCAGUUUUCCCAGAUGCGUGAUGAGAUGUUCAAGUCAAACCUGGUCUGCUCCUUCAUCAUAUUCCUCUUCCUCAUGGCUGCACAGGCCCUCGUCCCCGCCGCAAGGUGUGUGUGUUCAUGCUUUAUAUAAUUAAAAGUUUUAUUUUGCUUCAUUUAUUAAAGAUCUUUCAAAUUCUCUUUCUCUACCACUCACAUACUUUCCUCUGUCUUCAUCGUCUGAUCCUCUCCCUUCCUAUUUCUAUCUUCUCCUUCCUCAAUCUCUCUGACCGGCACACACACACACACACACACACACACCCCUCUCAGACUGUGUCCUAUGCUGGUUCAGUUUGGAGUGUGUGUGUGUGUGUAUGUACUGUUGCUGGUGGUGGUCCUAGCUGAAGAGUUUAAACAGAGCCCUCUAGUGCUGCAAGGUCCUCUGCUGCUGGGUCAACGAGACCAAGAGUGUCAGAACACUACUCACCCUCACCGCCAUAAUCAUCAACUUCGGAGUGGCCUCGUCCGAUAUAGUGAGUUUAUUAUUGUACGGAAUGCCCAAUAUUUGCUGCACCCUCAACCAUGAUCUGUUAUUUCAUGAAGGUUUGCCUAUCUGCUGCAUUGUAAACUUGUUUUGAAGUAGCUCAAUUCUGCAGUUUGAAUGUGUGCGCGUGCCUGUGUGUGUGUGUGUGUGUGUGUGUGUGUGUGGUGUGAGUGUGUUCUAGCUGUGGUGUGUAGAGUCUGAGAUGGACCCUAACAAUAGAAGCAGCUCUCAGCAGCAGACCUGGUCCUGGCCUAUCAACAUCUGUACACACCCUGAGGUAACACACACACACACACACACACACACACAUUUUGAUAUAGAUUGGUCAAGAAGGUUUUGAUACAUUUUGUGACUGUCUCUCUCCCCCUGUCUCUCUCCCCCCUGUCUCUCUCUCCCCCUGUCUCUCUCCCCCUCUGUCUCUCUCUCCCCCUGUCUCUCUCUCCCCCUGUCUCUCUCUCCCCCUGUCUCUCUCUCCCCCUGUCUCUCUCCCCCUGUCUCUCUCUCCCCCUGUGUUCUUUAGUUCCUGGUGUUCAGUGGGGUUGUGGCCAUGGUAUCGUGUGCAGUGUUCUUCAGGCUGCACUGUCUACUGAAGCUAGCAGUGUUACUACUGGCCAUAUCUGUCUACACCUACCUCAUAGAAGUCAGCUACCACACACUGUUUAUACGCCAGACCUCCGAAAACACCCGGUACUGAAUAAACACACACAAACACACACACACACAGAGAGUCACCCGCACGCACGCACACACACAAACACACACACACACACACAAACACACAACCAGAAAGUCACCGCACGCACGCACGCACACACACACACACACACACACACACACACACACACAACCCAGACAGUCACCGCACGCACACGCAAGCGCACACACACACACACACACACACACACACACACACAAACACACACACACUGGUUGACUGUCUGGUUAUGUUGUGUGUGUGUGUGUGUUUGUGUGUGUGUGUGUGUGUGUGCGCGCUUGCGUGUGCUUGCGGUGACUGUCUGGUUGUGUGUGUUUGUGUGUGUGCGUGCGUGCGUGCGUGCGUGCGGUGACUUUCUGGUUGUGUGUGUCCCUUGCAGGCAGCAGUACCUGAGGAGGAAGGAUGUGUGUGUUCUGCUCAUGGCCAUGUUUGUGGUGGCUGUACUUUACAACAGUAGACAGGUAGGACAUGGGCUCUCUCCUUCCCUUUUCCUCUCUCUCUCUCUCCUCUCUCUCUCUCCACUCUCCUUCUCUCCCUCCACUCCUACCUCUCCUCUCUACUCCUCCCUCUCUCCUCUCUACUUCCUCUCUCUUCCUCUCGAUCUCCUCUCUCCUCUCCACUCCUCCUCUCUCCUCUCUCCUCUCCUCCUCCUCUCUCUCUCUACUCCUCCUCUCUCCUCUCAUCCUCCUCUCUCCUCCUCCACUCCUCCUCUCUCCUCUCUCCUCACUCCUCUCUCCUCCUCUCUCCUCUCUACUCCUCUUCUCUCCUCUAUACUCCUCCUCUCUCCUCUCACUCCUCCUCUCUCCUCUCCUCCUCCUCUACUCCCUCUCCUCCUCCUCCUCCUCUCUCCUCUCACUCCUCCUCUCUCUCCUCUCUACUCCUCCUCUCUCCUCUUCUCCUCCUCUCUCCUCUCUACUCCUCCUCUCUCCUCUCUCCUCUCUCUCUCCUCCUCCUCCUCUCCUCCUCCUCCUCCUCUCUCUCUCCCUCUCCUCCUCCAUCUCCUCCUCUCUACUCUCUCCUCUCUCUCCUCUCUACUCCUCUCUCUCCUCCUCUCUACUCUCUCCCUCAUCCUCUCUCCUCUCCUCCUCACUCUCCUCUCUCCUCUUACUCCUCCUCCUCUCUCCUCCCUCUCCUCCCUACUCCUCCUCUCCUACUCCUCCUCUCUCCUCUACUCCUCCUCUCUCCUCUCUACUCCUCAUCUCUCCUCCCUACUCCUCCUCCUCUCUCCUUCCUACUCCUCCCUCUCUCCUCUCUACUCCUCCUUACUCUCUCCUCCUCUCUCCUCCUCUACCUCACCUCUCUCUCCUCUCUACUCCUCCUCUCUCCUCUCUACUCCUCCUCUCUCCCUCUCCUCCUCUCUCUCCUCUCUACUCCUCAUCUCUCCUCCCUACUCCUCCCUCUCCUCCCUCCUCCCUCCUACUCCUCCCUCUCUCCUCCUCUCUCCUCUCUCCUCCUCUCUCCUCCCUACUCCUCCCUUCACCUACCCUACUCCAUGUGAUGGUUGUUGUUCCCCUACUGUCCAGUUGGAGGCGACGGCGCGGCUGGACUUCCUCUGGCGUCUGCAGGCCAGACAGGAAGUGGAGGACAUGAAGGAGCUGAGGGAACACAAUGAGUGUUUACUCUUCAACAUUCUGCCUUCACACGUCGCACAGCACUUCCUGGAGAGAGACCGCCAUAAUGAGGUGUGCGCGUGUGUUUUGUUGGGUCUCUGUCCUCAGUCCUAGAGAAGACAAUCUUAAUGUUUACAUGACUGUGUGUGUGUGUGUGUGUGUGUAGGACCUGUACUCCCAGUCCUAUGAGCGUGUGGGGGUGAUGUUUGCGUCCAUCCCCGGGUUUACAGACUACUAUGAACAGAAAGAGUUGAUCCAUCAGGAUGUGGAGUGUCUACGACUUCUCAAUGAGAUCAUAGCUGACUUUGACGAGGUUCGAUUCAAAUCAACACACUGACUCACACGCUGCCUACACACACAAUUUCUCUGUGAUAAAUUACCAGCGUACAAUUGAUUUGUUUUCUCAAAUAACCACCUCUCGCUCUGUUUCUGUCUCUCGCGCUCUUUCUGUCUCUCACUGUCGCUCACUGUCGCUCUCUGUCUCUCACUGUCUCUCACUGUCUCUCUCUGUUUCUCACUGUCUCUCUCUGUCUCUCACUGUCUCUGUUUGUCUAUCUCUCUCUCUCUGUCUCUAGUUAUUAGAUGAUACAUAUUUCCAGGACAUUGAGAAAAUCAAAACCAUUGGCAGCUGUUACAUGGCUGCUUCUGGCCUCUCUCCCCAUCAACAGGUCAGCAGCCCUCUUAGUGUCCCAGGGUUGGACUCAAUUUCAAUUUAAGGCAGUCAAUUCAGGAAGUGAUUUGAAUUUAAACUACAGAAAUUGACACAUUUGUAAAAAAAAUAAAGAGUGUC